AUGUAUCUUUCCUUUUCCUUCACGACGGUGUUCUUGUUGUUAGCCUCCUCGAUAGGCAUCACUGGACUCACGAGUGACCUAGUCGGCGCGGACUCUCGCUCAUCUGGUCGAAAUGCAGCAGCGAUAGAUGCUCGUUCUAUUGAUGGACAUCGACUGGGAAGCAAAAGAAGUCAUGAUGUCUCCUCAAGAUCCAGCAACCAUAUCGCAGCCUUGAUACCCCGGGAACCCCAAGAAGGUGUACCACCACCACUACCACCAGUGGUCAAAGCACCAAAGCCCGCCACGGCGCCCGAGUCACCGACUGAACCCACCGCGCCUGAAGCGCCUCAAGCACCCGCCCAGAAGCAAGAGCCAGAGCACAAAGACGACGACGACGACGACGACGAUGACGACGACGACGACCACGAUGGACCCGAGAAACCCAAGGAGGGGAGCGAAAGUGGUGAGGGCGGGGACGGCGGCGGUGAUACAGAUACUGGUGAUAGCCCGGAAGAUGGAGGCAACAGUACUAGUAGCACCAGCAAAUGCGCAAAUCCCCGUGGCACAGCUAGUGCCAGUUGUGUUUCGACCGCUACGCCGCUGCUGGGGACGAUGGCAUCGGCCGUCCCUACGCCCGCAAUGAUCUCUUCUACAUCCUCUUCUCCCACCGCUACCAUGACUACCUCGGCGACACAAGAGAUCGCGCCGGCUUCAACUGCUCCAGCGCCAACUGCAACCUCGCCCACCGCCGCAGCGGAUGGCAUAGGUGGUCGAAACCCGUUCGCAUGGGUGAGAGGGAAGUCAAGAGGAGGCGGCGGCAUCGCUACGACAGUCGGUGUUUACUCUGUGGCCUAUGUUGCCUGUCUGGUCUUCUUUUGGGUUUGA